GAUCCUUCCCAGAAGAAUCUCUACAAAGAUGUGAUGCUGGAGACCUAUAUGAACCUCACUGCUAUAGGCUACAGAUGGGAAAAUCAUAAUAUUGAAGAACGUUGUCAAAGUUUUCGAAGACAUGGAAGGCAUGAAAGAAGUCAUAGUGGAGAGAAACCUUCUAAAUAUCCUCAAAGUGUGAAAGCCUUUGCAUAUCAGAGUCAUCUUCAAAGUUGUGAAAGAUUUCAUGCUGGAGAGAAAUCCUAUGAAGGUAUUCAAUAUGGUGAAGCCUUUGCAUGUCAUAGUAGUCUUCGAAUACAUAAAGGAACACGUACUGGAGAGAAACCCUAUGAAUGUAAUCAGUGCAUUAAAGCUUUUGCAUUUCGCAGUCAUCUUCAAAUACAUAAAAGAACACAUACUGGAGAGAAACCUUAUGAAUGUAAUCAAUGUGGUAAAGCUUUUGCAUCAAAUAGUCAUAUUCAAAUGCAUAAAAGGACACAUACUGGGGAGAAACCCUAUGAAUGUAAUCAAUGUGGUAAAGCCUUGGCAUCUCAAGGUAGUCUCCAAAUACAUAAAAGAACACAUACUGGAGAGAAACCCUAUGAAUGUAAUCAAUGUGGUAAAGCGUUUGCACAUCAGAGUCAUUAUCGAAGUCAUGAAAGAAUACAUACUGGAGAGAAACCCUAUGAAUGUAAUCAAUGUGGUAAAGCGUUUGCACAUCAAUGUCAUUAUCGAAGGCAUGAAAGAACACAUACUGGAGAGAAACCCUAUGAAUGUAAUCAAUGUGGUAAAGCCUUUGCACGUCAGUGUAGUCUCCAAAUACAUAAACGAACACAUACUGGAGAGAAACCCUAUGAAUGUAAUCAAUGUGGCAAGGCAUUUGCAUGUCAAAGUAGUCUACAAAUACAUAGAAGAACACAUACUAGAGAGAAACCUUAUGAAUGUAACCAGUGUGGUAAAGCCUUUUCACAACUCAGUAGUCUUAAAAUACAUAAAAGAACACAUACUGGAGAGAAACCCUACAUAUGUAAUCAUUGUGAUAUACCCUUUGUAUCAGAAACCUUCAAAAAUAUAAAAAAAUCAUACUGCAGUGAAGCCAUCUAAAUGCAGUUACUGUAGUGAUGUUUUGCAAGUCAUGGUAGUCUUUAUGCAAGAGCAAAACAUUUUGUGUGCAAUAGGUCUAGUAAAGCCUCUGAAUAUAGCAUUAGACUUUGAGUAUCUGAAAAAACUCAUACCAAAGGGAAUCUGCAUAUAAAUGAUUUGGUGAGAUCUUUAGCCAACAAGCUUACACAAGAUUAUUUAUUUAGUUACACAAGAUUAUUUAUUCUGGAAAAAAAUUUGACAAUGCCAACAGUGUUCAAGCAUUAUGAUGUCCCUCUUUAUUUUGUUUACACUGCAAACUCACAUGGACAAAAGGCCUAUAUUUAAAUAAUAAGGUAACCAUUUGGGAUCUCAUAGUUUUCUACAAUUACAUGAGAUAAUGAAUCCAGGUGUAAAACUUCAUGGAUGUAUAGUAGUGCCUUUUCUGUUGCUGUGAUAAAACCUACAGAAGGAUUUAAUUUGGCCCUUAGUUCCAGAGGGAUACAGGAUCACUAUGAAAUUGGCAUGGAAACAAGUGUCAGACAUGGCAGCUAAAGUAGAAUUUACAUCCUUAACCUGUAGCAUGAAGCAUAAGUAUAAACUGAAAAUGGUGAGCAGAUGUAAACUCUCAGGCCAACUCCCAGAGACAUAUUUCUUACAGCAGGGCUGCAUUUCCUAAAUCUUUCCAAGUGAUGCCACAGACUCAGAAUAAUUGAUUUCUCUGACUUUAGUGUACAUGCUUGAUUUAUUUUACAUGAACCAAUUCAUGACAGAGAAAAACUCUAUAAGCCUUUAAAUGCCUCAACACCUGUGUUACAGGAAUUACAAAAGAGUGAAAAUUAGUUUAAAGAUUUGUUUUGAGUUUAAUUAUGCCAUGUCAGUGUGUCUUUGUAUGGGUAUGUGCUUUCUUGUUCCCAAGAAGAUUAGACGUUUGGGGCUUCUUUUAGUAGGAAUUACUGGCAGUUGUCAAAAACCUGACACUGGUCCUGGGAAUAAAGUUGUAUUAAGGGUUCAGCUGUGUCUCUAGCCCUGCAAAUAUGUUUAUGCUUUUUAUAUCAUCCUGAUAUCAUUAAAUAGGGAGGAACUCAUACAAGAGUAAAACCCUAUUCAUGUAGACAGUUUGGUAAAGAAUUUAGCCAGGUGGUAGUGGCACACACCUUUAAUCCCAGCACUCGGGAGGCAGAGGCAGGAGGAUCUCUGUGAGUUCGAGACCAACUUGGUCUACAAGAGCUAGUUCCAGGACAGCCUCCAAAGCCACAGAAAAACCCUGCCUUGAAAAACUAAAAAGGAAAAAAAAAAGAAAGAAAAAAAAAGAUUUUAGACAUUACAGUUGUCUUAAGUUUCAAGAAAAAAAAGUUUCAUCUCUUUUUCAUCAUAUCCUAGAAGUAAGUAAAUCAUAAACCAAGUUCAUUAAAGACUGAUGUGAUGAUCACAUUGUAUCUUCUAUUUUACAACACUGGAGAUAGAUAUUAAAGUGUACUAUCUGUGGCAAAUCCAUUUAGUGAAGUUUAUUUUGUGGUCUUAUUCCUUCUAUGGCUUUGAUCAUCUUCUAUUGUGCUUUCUCCUAGUUAGAGAUUUUUUUUUUCUGCUGCCAGGUGUAUAAUAGGAUUGCUAUCUUCUAAGUGGUCCAUUUUCAUUUGAAUACCAGGCAGUGUGUAAUCAUACUUUUCAAGUUAGGGUGUCUGUGAAAGGGUGAUGGGGUUUUGUUCCUAGUUUUAUUUUUCAUAUUUUUCACAAGUUCCCUUGAAAUGUUGUUUGUUAUCCAUGCUGGCUUGGAUGUCAGUGAUUAGUCAGGGAUACAUAUGAACUUGUGAUCUUCAUGUGUUAUUCUCCUAAGUACAAGCCUAAGGGUAGGUGGUGUACACCCAAUGUUUUCUGUUUUGUCAAAAUAUUUUAACAAUGUUAAUGUUAAAAUACUUGUUAGAGAAUAUAAAAACACAUUAAAUGCCUCGUGUGUAUGCAAAGAAACAUUUUCAUCUAUCUGAAAGAGAUAUAAUGAGGUAGGAUAGUCAGUAGUCAGCUGCGUAUUUCACAGUAGAAUGGAGAUGCUAUAUAUAUAUAUAUCUUGAAGCUCCAUGUAUCUUCAUGUCUUCAUCAGUUAUGUCAUUUUGAAGUAUUGCCUUCUAAGUGAAUACAGAAAUGCCAGAUAAUGUAAUGGCAAUGAGAUUUAUUUUAAAUUUUUUUCUGGUGUGUGUGUGUAAUGUGACUAUGGGCUUUUAGGCCAUGACAAAUAUGUGGAGACCCAAAGAAAACUUUAUGGGGUCUACUUUUGUCCAUCUUCAUAUGGUGAUCAAGAUGAGGUAACAACCUUGCACACCACAGACAUUUCCAACAAAGUUUCUCAUUGAUGCUCAAAUAAGAUUAGUUGAAACAUUAAAUCAGUAAAAAUGGUCUUCUUUUCAGAUUGUAAACAUGUUUUAAUUGAAAGGUAAUGGAAAAUAGGAGAAAUUAAAUAAUAAAUCCUAUUAGCAAAUGAAAAUUA